AUGAAGAUCGCUGUCCUUCUUAUGAGCUGCUUGGCUACAUUGGCUAAAAAGUCGCUAACCAAGCGCCACCAAACAGCUGCUGAUUGUGGUGAAAACUUUUGCUGUGUCAGUAGGGCCUCGGGCGGUAAUACUUGCGGCCCCCUAGGUAUUGAGAAUCAGGACUAUAGCCCCGGCAGUCGCGAUCCAACCCGAUUGUACAAGUGGUGUCUCUGUUCAGAAGCAUUCACAUGCUUUAACAACAGGUGUGUGUCCUAA